AUGGCUCAGAACGGGGGACAGUUAGUGCGGGCAGGCACCGGGAAAAGAGUUUUGCCAGAUCCAGCAGGGGUCACCUUGCCCCACCCUCAUUCUGCUCUUAAUCUGCUCGAUGCCUCUGCACUGUCACAGCUGGGAGAUGACGUUCUUACAGAAGAGAUUAAGAGGCGGCAGUUAGCUAAAGAGGCUGCCUUAAAAACAGCUGCAGUCAACACUCUCCACGGCGCUCCCACGGUUGGUAAGACGGCAGCUGCAGGCCGUCGGGGCGGGUCUAAGAGGAAACGUGCUGCCGCCGGCUCUGGUGCGCGUGGUCGAUCCUCUGGUGCGAAUGGCAACAUUCCUGCAGGCUCGCCAUCCGCUGACUACCCUACCGCCGGCACUUCGUCAGAAGCAGAAGGCGCGAACCCUGCACCGGUGGCAGAAGCAAUGGACACCACGCAAAACGGCGCACCAACCACAGGCGGCAUAGUCUGCGGUAUCGCGUCAGACGCAGAUACUGGAGCUCUCCCUGCACCCCCCGUGCCUGCCGCCGGAGCCCCGGGUCCGAUGAUGGCAGCAGUGAUUGAGGCCGCAGAGGAGGGCGGCGUGGAUCCCUUCAUCGCAUACGGCAUCGAAGCUGGUAGCGACGACGAAGACGGGAACGACGACGAUGCAGAUGAUGCUGACGGCGUCCAAGCGGGAAACGACGAUGAAUUGCACGCAGCGGAAGUGUGCGCGGCGGAGGUUCGGGCGGCGGAGGUUCGGGCGGCGGAGCUUCGGGCGGCGGAGCUUCGGGCGGCGGAGCUUCGGGCGGCGGAGAUUCGGGCGGCGGAGAUUCGAGCGGCGGAGAUUCGGGCUGCGGAGGUUCGCGCGGCGGAGGACCGCGCUGCGGCGGUUCGCGCGGCAGAUGUGCGCUCUGCGGAGGCUCGCCAGACGGAGCUGGCGCCGCACACCUCGCAGCCUAAUAACCCGGCAGCACCCGCUAGGCGUGAACGGUCGCAAGUUGCUGGUGCGCACCAUUUCAGGGAAGCACGACAGCUGGAGGCGCUAUUGCGUGACCUGCAGAACACGGUCUCCACUCUGAACGCGCAGCUGCAGGAGGCAAGGGCCAGGAUCAAGGCGGUGGAGGCUGAACGCGAUAGUCUGAAAACGCAGUUGGAGUCGAUGCAGCGACAGCUUUCAGCGGAAGUCGCUGGAACGAGCUCGGACGUGGGCGCCCUUCGGGACCCUUCUGACCCCCUGGUCCGAAUGGAGAACGUCCGUAAGGACGUUGCGGCCAACCCGACCAUUCCGUCAUCAGUCAGCAGCGACGAUGCAUUCGAUGAAAUGGUGGGUAAAACCUUCGCCUGGCUCAUCACCCUUGCCCCUGCAGGAGAGAUGGAGUUCUAUCCUCUGUGGGAAGAAUUCCAGCCGCAUUUGGUGCGCAAGUACGUAGCUGAGGGGACCACGCAAGAUGAGUACUACCUCUUCAUGGGCGGGAACAGCAAGCGCAUUGAUCGGGCGCUGAAGGUGAUUGGCUGCAAACGCGCGAACAUGAACAAGCCGAUCAAGCUCUGGGCGUGGGGUGCUGGUGGCGUCAUUGACCAGGAUAAGUGGUUCCUUUUGAAGGUUGGUGGCAUCACUCCAUCAAAGGCGCGCAACGAAAAGGAGUGGGUGGAGCAGUUCAAACACCGUGAGUGUGCUUGUCUUUUCUCGCAUCCGCACCAUGCUGGAAUGUUCUUGCGCACAGAUCUGAUUGCCAUUGUUUUUAUCUCCGCAGCGAAGUAUGGCUACGACUGGCAUUGCUCUGCUCAGGGCCGCCCUUUCGCGAAUGCAGCCUUUGAGCUGGCAGUCAAAAAGGCAUUCGUCAGUGCCCGGUGCAACAUGUUUGCAGUGAAGAUUCCAGCGGUCGGCUAUCUGUGCAACGUGCGCCUUUCAUUGGUGGCAGGUUGA